UUUGUAGAAUAUAGUUGGCGUUUGGCGUUUGGAGGGUAAAUUUUUAGGAAACAAUUGUUUCAUGCGAUUAUCAAAAUUUUACAGAAUCUAGAAGCUGGCUAUCCGCGCAGAAUAAAGUCCAGAAUGUGAGUCCUUGAUCCUUGCUUGCAUAUAUGUAUGGAUGCCCACUGAUGGAUCUCCGAUCCGAUCCGAUAAUAGCUAAACACAAUGUGCUGCGGCGAGAAGUUCAAUCCCUUUUAUAUUGGACCCUUUCCAGAGUGCGCCUGCGGUGAUUGUCCUUAUGGGAUAUACUCGGGCUUCACGAGAUGCGGCUGGUGUGGCGGCAACGGUCCCUUCGGCAAGACCCCCCGUGAUCCUUGCUGCGGGGAUGCUCCUCGACGGCCCUGCUGCGGCCCGCCGAGGGGUGGUUCCAUUUGUGGGCCCAGCUUUGGACCAUGUUGUGGACGCUCCUCCUGUGGCCCCUCGUGUGGGCCAUGUUGUGGACCGUCGUGUUGUGAUCCUUGCUGCGGCCCCUGCUGCGAUCCUUGCUGUGGCCCCUGCUGUAGUCCGUGCUGUGGCCCGUCCUGUGGUCCCUGCUGUGGCCCCUCCUGCGGUCCCUCCUGCUGUGGACCCAAGUGUGGCGGAAGCUGCUGCUGCGUGAUUUGCUCCAGCGGUAUUGGCUGUUGCGGCCAACCCAGUUGCAAACCCUGCUGCGUCUGCUUCGCAGGAUAAUCAGGAUCACAUUGCGGUUUCUUUGGCGUCUGGACUUUAAUGUGUGUGGCUUAAUGGUUUCUAUCGUACAAAAUUUUAUAAUAAAUGCGUAUAAUUAUGAA